CAGAAUGGCAGGUGUGUAAAUUAAGGGCGAAGAGUAGAUUUUUCCAAACCCUAAACCCUAACUUCUACUAUAAAAAACCGGCCAAAACCGCAUACUGCGCCUCUCUCGCUCCGUUCUGUCGUCGUUUACAAGGACUCGCUCCGUUCUGGCUCCAUUCUCUUUCUUCCCAAGGACUCGCUGCAAUGAGACCUCCUCGAGGUAGUUGUAUUCGUGCAGGACGUGGUGGUGGAUUCAGGGGCAGGGGUGAUGGAGGAUUCAGGGGCAGGGGUGAUGGAGGCAGAGGUAGAGGCAGAGGUGGUGGAGGGAGAGGGGGCGACAGAGGUAGUGCCAUGAGAGGCCGUGGUGGCCGAGGCGCUGGGGGAAGAGGCCGGGGUGGAGGUCGAGGUGGAAUGAAGGGUGGAAGUAAGGUUGUGGUUGAGCCUCACAGACAUGGGGGGGUAUUCAUUGCUAAGGGUAAAGAAGAUGCUAUUGUUACUAAGAAUUUGGUACCUGGUGAAGCUGUUUACAAUGAGAAAAGGAUCUCUGUACAGAAUGAAGAUGGCACAAAAGUGGAAUACAGAGUCUGGAACCCAUUUCGGUCGAAGUUGGCUGCUGCCAUUAUUGGUGGUGUUGAUGAGAUUUGGAUUAAACCUGGUGCUCGGGUCCUCUAUCUUGGGGCUGCUUCUGGAACCACUGUCUCCCAUGUGUCUGACAUUGUUGGGCCUACUGGAGUGGUUUAUGCAGUGGAGUUUUCUCAUAGAAGUGGUAGGGACCUGGUUAACAUGGCAAAGAAGCGCACUAAUAUUAUCCCCAUCAUUGAAGAUGCUAGGCAUCCGUCCAAAUAUCGAAUGCUAGUUGGCAUGGUGGAUGUAAUAUUUUCUGAUGUUGCACAGCCUGAUCAGGCAAGGAUUCUAGCAUUGAAUGCAUCAUAUUUUCUUAAAGCUGGAGGCCAUUUUGUAAUUUCAAUCAAGGCUAACUGCAUAGAUUCUACACAACCUGCGGAGGCCGUAUUCCAGAGUGAAGUGAACAAGCUAAAGCAAGAUCAGUUCAAGCCAUUUGAACAAGUUACGCUUGAACCUUAUGAGCGUGACCACGCCUGUGUGGUUGGGGGCUAUCGUGUCCCAAAGAAAUCCAAAAUUGCUGCCUAGAGAUGUGGGGGGCAUCGGUAGCCUGUAACUGAUUAAUUAGUUUAGAAAUUUGUGUCGAAGACAUUGUUAUGGAUGUUUUCUAUCUUUCUUUUUUAUUAUUUGUUCAUUGAUUUUGUGGAUUA